CUGGACGGUUCGACAGGUCGACUUGAGUCCUGUCGACUUGAACACUGGAGAUGGCUCUUGGCACAAGUCUUGGAGGUCCGCGUCGGUGCGUCCUUCCCCGCAUCUGACCCCCCAUCUCCCCAAGCAACUUCUCGAUAGCUCUGCUCCACCCCUCAACCAAAAACUCUGAGGGCUUCCCGUCGGAACGUUCCAGCUCGGGUUUCCCCUCCUUUCAGGGCUGGGCAGCUGCUCUACAUCGCCAGAAUGGAGUCGUCGGAUCACCACGGCCGCUUUCACUGGCUCUCUAUUUGCUACACUCUCUAGGUUUCAGUGUGCUGCUCUCGGCGCAUGAUGCAAUGAAGAAGUGAACUGAAUUUGUGGGAAGCCCCGGACGCGCCAAUCCAGACUAUUCCUCGCCUCCGCAUUUUCUAAGAUUGCACUAAAAACGCCCAGAACCGGCCCUGUCAGCCAAAGUCAUCGUUCGUCUUGUCUUCCCUUUUCCCUGUCGUCUGAUAGACCAGGAAUUCAGCCACCAGCCACCAUCCACCAAUCACCAACCACCUGUUUGGAAUAAUGAAGUUGGAGAAGCUGUUGCAGGCUCUAGGACAGCAGCCCAUAGAGUCGUCCGAGGAAGUCUGUCAACUAACACGCCUACUUUGCCGCCAACUAGAGACGUUUGAGCUGUUUGCCCAGGAGCUCCCCUCACAGAAUCUUGGCUUCGUCGACUCCAAGGCCUCCACAGUCGAACUGACCAUUGCUGGCCGGGAUUUUACCAUCCAUCAGUCACCUGGCGUGCUGUCAUCCAACCGUGCCGGCGGCACAACAGGAGCUGUCGUCUGGAAAGUUACACCUCUCUUUGCAGAAUGGAUUAGCUCUGCAUCAUCUCUGCUUUUCCAGUCUGAGAUCCUGUCCUCGAACUCUCUCGUGUUGGAGCUCGGGUGUGGCAUUUCAGCACUGGUCGGCCUGUGCCUGGCGCCUCGUGUCAAGGGCUACGUCUUGACCGAUCAGCCUUAUGUCGCCAAGUUUGUUGAGCAAAACGUUGCCGAAAAUGCUCACAUCUCAGCCUCCUCCACUGGCAAAGGAAAGGCAAAAGGGAAGAAAACAAAGGCGACGGCGGCCAGUCACUCAAAAGACAACAAUGUCGUCUUUACUCCCUUGGAUUGGGAAACAGACGAAGCGACGCCCUCUCUUCUGACCGACCUGCCAGACACAGCAGGAAGAAAGAGCUUCGAUGCUAUCAUUGCAUGUGACUGCAUCUACAACGAAGCGCUCAUCGACCCGCUUGUGUCUACAUGCGCUGAUAUCUGCCGGCUGAGAACUCAAGAGUCUGACACCGAGGCAGAUCCCACCAUCUGUGUGGUUGCGCAACAGCUGAGGGACGAUCAAGUCUUUGAAGGAUGGCUCGCGAGAUUUAUGGAGUCUUUUCACACAUGGAGAGCUCCUGAUGAGUUGUUGCCAAAUGGGUUGAAGCCGAGCUCGGGGUUUGUGGUUCAUAUUGGGAUAUUGAAGGAGGCAUAUACCCCUUAGUACAUGAUGAAUGAAAACAACUCAGGCCACAACAAAUAUAAUAAUAUCUCCCCUCUACAACCUCCCUUUCGAUGCAAUACCUAUCCUGAUUAUCCCUCACA